GCGAUCCCCGGCGCCGACGCCAGGCGCUGGCCGUGGUGCUGAUUCUGUCAGGCGCUGGCGGCGGCAGUGGCGGUGACGGCGGCGGCCCCGCUCCCUCUCCCCGGCCGGACCUGGCUCUGCCCACGCACCCAAGCCCCACCAAGCCCCCCGCCCUCCCGCCGCGGUCCCAGCCCGGGGCGCGGCCGCAACCAGCACCAUGCGCCCGGCAGCCCUGCUGCUUCUGCCCUCGCUGCUGGCGCUCCUAGCUCACGGACUCUCUUCAGAGGCCCCAACCAUGGGGAAAGGACAAGCCCCAGGCAUCGAGGAGACAGAUGGCGAGCUGACAGCAGCCCCCACACCUGAGCAGCCAGAACGAGGCGUCCACUUUGUCACCACAGCCCCCACCUUGAAGCUGCUCAACCACCACCCGCUGCUUGAGGAAUUCCUACAAGAGGGGCUGGAGAAGGGAGAUGAGGAGCUGAGACCAGCGCUGCCCUUCCAGCCUGACCCACCUACACCCUUCACCCCGAGUCCCCUUCCCCGCCUAGCCAACCAGGACAGCCGCCCUGUCUUUACCAGCCCCACUCCAGCCACGGCUGCGGUACCCACCCAGCCCCAGUCCAAGGAGGGGCCCUGGAGUCUGGAGUCAGAGCCCCCUGUGCUUCGAAUCACAGCUCCCCUACCUCCAGGGCCCAGCAUGGCAGUGCCCACCCUAGGCCCAGGGGACAGACCCAGCACUACACCCCCUAGCAGAGCCUGGACACCAACCCAAGAGGGUCCUGGAGACAUGGGAAGGCCAUGGGUUCCAGAGGUUGUGUCCCAGGGCGCAGGGAUUGGGAUCCAGGGGACCAUCACCUCCUCCACAGCUUCAGGAGACGAUGAGGAGACCACCACCACCACCACCACCACCAUCAUCACCACCACCAUCACCACAGUCCAGACACCAGGCCCCUGUAGCUGGAAUUUCUCAGGCCCAGAGGGCUCUCUGGACUCCCCUACAGACCUCAGCUCACCCCCUGAUGUUGGCCUGGACUGCUUCUUCUACAUCUCUGUCUACCCUGGCUAUGGUGUGGAAAUCAAGGUCCAGAAUAUCAGCCUCCGGGAAGGGGAGACAGUGACUGUGGAGGGCCUGGGGGGGCCUGACCCACUGCCCCUGGCCAACCAGUCUUUCUUGCUACGGGGUCAAGUCAUCCGCAGCCCCACCCACCAAGCGGCCCUGAGGUUCCAGAGCCUCCCACCACCGGCUGGCCCUGGCACCUUCCAUUUCCAUUACCAAGCCUAUCUCCUGAGCUGCCACUUUCCCCAUCGUCCAGCUUAUGGAGAUGUGACUGUCACCAGCCUCCACCCAGGGGGUAGUGCCCGCUUCCAUUGUGCCACUGGCUACCAGCUGAAGGGCGCCAGGCAUCUCACCUGUCUCAAUGCCACCCAGCCCUUCUGGGAUUCAAAGGAGCCCGUCUGCAUCGCUGCCUGCGGCGGAGUGAUCCGCAACGCUACCACCGGCCGCAUCGUCUCUCCAGGCUUCCCGGGCAACUACAGCAACAACCUCACCUGUCACUGGCUGCUUGAGGCUCCUGAGGGCCAGCGGCUACACUUGCACUUUGAGAAGGUUUCCCUGGCAGAGGAUGAUGACAGGCUCAUCAUUCGCAAUGGGGACAACGUGGAGGCCCCACCGGUGUAUGAUUCCUAUGAGGUGGAAUACCUGCCCAUUGAGGGCCUGCUCAGCUCUGGCAAACACUUCUUUGUCGAGCUCAGUACUGACAGCAGCGGGGCGGCUGCAGGCAUGGCCCUGCGCUAUGAGGCCUUCCAGCAGGGCCAUUGCUAUGAGCCCUUUGUCAAAUAUGGCAACUUCAGCAGCAGCGCACCCACCUACCCUGUGGGUACGACUGUGGAGUUCAGCUGCGACCCUGGCUACACCCUGGAGCAGGGCUCCAUCAUCAUCGAGUGUGUUGACCCCCACGACCCCCAGUGGAAUGAGACAGAGCCAGCCUGCCGAGCCGUGUGCAGCGGGGAGAUCACAGACUCAGCUGGUGUGGUGCUCUCUCCCAACUGGCCAGAGCCCUACGGUCGUGGACAGGAUUGCAUCUGGGGUGUGCAUGUGGAAGAGGACAAGCGCAUCAUGCUGGACGUCCGAGUGCUGCGCAUAGGCCCUGGUGAUGUACUUACCUUCUAUGAUGGGGAUGACCUGACAGCCCGGGUCCUGGGCCAGUACUCAGGGCCCCAUAGCCACUUCAAGCUCUUUACCUCCAUGGCUGAUGUCACCAUUCAGUUCCAGUCGGACCCCGGGACCUCAGUGCUGGGCUACCAGCAGGGCUUCGUCAUCCACUUCUUUGAGGUGCCCCGCAAUGACACAUGUCCGGAGCUGCCUGAGAUUCCCAAUGGCUGGAAGAGCCCAUCGCAGCCUGAUCUAGUGCACGGCACUGUGGUCACUUACCAGUGCUACCCUGGCUACCAGGUGGUGGGAUCCAGUGUCCUCAUGUGCCAAUGGGACCUGACUUGGAGUGAGGACCUGCCCUCAUGCCAGAGGGUGACUUCCUGCCAUGAUCCCGGAGAUGUGGAGCACAGCCGACGCCUCAUAUCCAGCCCCAAGUUUCCUGUGGGGGCCACCGUGCAAUAUAUCUGUGACCAGGGUUUUGUGCUGACGGGCACCUCCAUCCUCACCUGCCAUGAUCGCCAGGCCGGCAGCCCCAAGUGGAGUGACCGGGCCCCUAAAUGUCUCCUGGAACAGCUGAAGCCAUGCCAUGGUCUCAGUGCCCCUGAGAAUGGUGCCCGAAGUCCUGAGAAGCGGCUACAUCCAGCAGGGGCCACCAUCCACUUCUCUUGUGCCCCUGGCUAUGUGCUGAAAGGCCAGGCCAGCAUCAAGUGUGUGCCUGGGCACCCCUCACAUUGGAGUGACCCCCCACCCAUCUGUAAGGCUGCCUCUCUGGAUGGGUUCUACAACAGCCGCAGCCUGGAUGUUGCCAAGGCGCCUGCUGCUUCCAGCACCCUGGAUGCUGCCCACAUUGCAGCUGCCAUCUUCUUGCCACUGGUGGCGAUGGUGUUGUUGGUAGGAGGUGUAUACUUCUACUUCUCCAGGCUCCAGGGAAAAAGCUCCCUGCAGCUGCCCCGCACACGCCCCCGCCCCUACAACCGCAUUACCGUAGAGUCAGCAUUUGACAAUCCAACUUACGAGACUGGAGGAAGGUGAAUUAUGGCCUGGCAAACCUAAUACAAGUUUCCAACUCCCAGCAGUCUCUUUCCUUUGCAGGAGACGAGAGAAUAUGAAGUUUCCAUCUAGGUGGGGGCAGCCUAGGGAAGCCAACUCAGACCUGCACCACAGUCCAGCAGCAAGGCUCCUUGUUUCCUGCUGUCCCUCCACCUCCUGUACAUACCACCUGGGAGGAGAUGCCACCAAUCCCUCAAGAAGUUGUGCCCUUCCCUGCCUGCAAUGCCCACCAUGGCCUAUUUUCUUGGUGUCAUUGCCCACUAGGGGCCCUUCUUUGGGCCCAUGUCAGGGGGCAUCUACCUGUGGACAGAACACAGCUGGAGCACAAGCAUCAACAGCCAGCAUCCUGAGCCUCAUCAUGCCCUGGACCAGCCUGGAACACACAAGCAGAGCAGGAGUACCUUUCUCCAUAUGACCACCAUCCUGCCCUGGCAUAGCAACCUGCAGCAGGGUCAACUUGACCAUGGUGGAAACUGCACCAGGGUGCUCCUCACAGGGCCAUCACCAAUGGCCAAAACUCCUCUCAAUGGUGACCUCUGGGUAGUCCUGGCAUGCCAACAUCAGCCUCUUGGGAGGUCUCUAGUUCUCUAAAGUUCUGGACAGUUCCACCUCCUGCCCUGUCCCAGUGGAGGCAGUAAUUCUAGGAGAUCCUAAGGGGUUCAGGGGGACCAUACCCCCACCUCAGGUUGGGCUUCCCUGGGCACUCAUGCUCCACACCAAAGCAGGACACCCCAUUCUCCAUGACCGCCCUAUACCCUGAGGAGAGGGAGACUUUCCUCCAAUGUUUAUUUGGCUGUUACAAACAUCUUCAUCCCAAUACUCCCUCCUCCAAUUCCAGCCACUUGUCAGGCUCUCCUCUUGGCCACUGUGUUACGGGAUAAGGGGAGGGGGUGGGCAUAUUCUGGAGAGGAGCAGAGGUCCAAGGACCCAGGAAUUUGGCAUGGAACAGGUGGUAGGAGAGCCCCAGAGAGACACCCAGGAGCUAGCUGAAAACCACUUUGUACAUGUAAUGUAUUAUAUGGGGUCUGGGCUCCAGCCAGAGAACAAUCUUUUAUUUCUCUUGUUUCCUUACUAAAAUGGUGUUUUUG